AUUUCAAUUUCUCUCUAUCUCUCCCAGAACAGACUAAAAAGCAUGAAUUCUGGACCUUAUCGUAGUCGGGUGCUACAUACCCGUCCGCACAAUAUGUGGGACACAUCUCUAAAUCAUGUCAAUAGAAGACAGACUCAUAUUCCCCUCAAUGUUAUGAGGAGACUUAAGACCGAUAAAGACAUCACAAGCUAGAGACUUUUGAUGUCUUUUGAUGACAUUUGUUAGAGACUGAAGGGUCUAACAGAUGGGUUCUAGAGUUUAACUCAAGUAAAUGCAAAGAGAUUAAGCUAGAAGGGGGCAGAAGGCUAGGUAUAAGGCACCAAAUGGGAGAAUAAAUGACAAGAGAAUAAGGUGAUGGAGUCAGACUGAAGGGAGAGAGAGAGAGAGAGAGAGAGAGAGAGAGAGAGAGAGAGAGAGAGAGAGAGAGAGAGAGAGAGAGAGAGAGAGAGAGAGAGAGAGAGAGAGAGUUAAUCCUCUGGUGAUUAACAGCCUCUUGACCCGAAAUUCUGCCUAACCUAACCCAACGGAGCCUAUCACAGCCUAAACUGAGCUAAUACAUGUCCUCAGUUUUCAGCAGCGAGAAAUCGAAGUUAGGAUGAAAAACCCGGCACAUGUGGGGCAGGAAACACCACUGCCAGAUACAUGUUUCCCGCCCUCUCCCUACCUACAGAAACGCUUCCAGCUGCUCCCGUGUUUCAGCGCUGCUUGUCACCACCACCAGAAAAAAUUAAUACCGAUUUUUGAACUAAAAAAUAUGGCUCCCGGUCUCCAGUCAGCCGAAAACACAUAUAUUUACAAAAGACACGCGCCCCCCUACAUAAGACAUGUUUUCCCGCUCUCUGCCGGGCCACAGAAAACGUUUCCCAACUGCUCGUGUUUCAGUAGUGUUUUAUCAUCAGCGCCAGAGUGCUAUCGAUAACAUUUUCCCCGUUUUUAACCUGUAUUCUGAGUCCCUGUAGGCGACGUUUUCAUUUAGUGAGAGCAAGAGAAUGGGUAAAGAAGAGCAGGAGAGGAAUAUCCAGCUGGCGCAGCUGGUGGAGCAGCACCAGGUGCUGUACAGGACGGACCUACCGGACUACGCCAACAAGCACAGGCAAGACCAGGUCUGGGAGGCCAUCGCUGAGCUCCUCAAUGACACGGGCGCUAACUGUAGGGAGCGAUGGAAGAACCUUCGCCUCUCGCUGUGUCGAUACUUGAGGAGCGCGGCUCACGGCGCCAACGGCAGGAAGCUGAAGCCAUAUUACAUGUUUCCUCAUAUGAGCUUCGUCGUCCCAUAUAUCCGAGGCAGAUUGGCUCGCCCGGCGGCCCUCGACGGACCAAUGAGUCUCUUGAACGCUUCGCAGGAAGGAGAGAGAAGGGAGAAGGUGGGAAGAGAAACAGUGUUGUGUGUGGAUAAGUACACGAGAAGUGGAGAUUACAAGGUAGAAAUAAUCAAAGAAGAUCCGGACGCAGGAGAUUACGCCAAUGUUGUCGAGCCCAGCGAUUGUUACGAUGGCAACCAGCAGGGAUACUACAAUGGUUCCAGGUCUCCUGAAGUAGCGACUCCAUCAACACCUCCAUCCACUAACUCCGUGUUGCCUUGUGGAGACCAGGCUGCUCCGGAGACCAUGGACGGGGACCUCCACUUCCUCCAUAGUCUCCUGCCUGACAUGAAGCUCUUGGAUGCACGGAGAAAAAUGCAGUUUAAAAUCCAAGUCAUCACACUGAUGAAUGAGCUUCUCUUCAGUGAUGGCUUGACUGAGGUGCUCCCCCACCGCCCUCACAACACACUGCUCGUCCCCACAACCACCACAGAACGAACAUAACAACAAUAACAUAACAUUCUGUUCAACCCACAAUAAAUAAAGUGUCUGGGGCCUCUCACAGGGCUUACAAGAGUCCACAUCAACUACUUAACCCAUCAACUUACACUUUACCAAACUUUGUCACACCUAUACAUGUUACAACCUUUGUCACAUCUAUACACAUUACAACCUUUGUCACAUCUAUACACGUUACAACCUUUGUCACAUCUAUACACGUUACAACCUUUGUCACAUCUAUACACGUUACAACCUUUGUCACAUCUAUACACAUUACAACCUUUGUCACAUCUAUACACGUUACAACCUUUGUCACAUCUAUACACAUUACAACCUUUGUCACAUCUAUACACGUUACAACCUUUGUCACAUCUAUACACGUUACAACCUUUGUCACAUCUAUACACAUUACAACCUAUCUACUACAAAUUCUUACAUUUUCAUUGAAACGAGAUUUUUCAUUCCAUUUGCAAGAAAUAUAUUUACUGGUUAACAGAAACUCUAAAACAAUAACUUCCUCACUUUAUUAACUUUGUCAAAAGUAUAAUACUGAGAUAAAUUUUGUAUAAUCUUGGGAGGAAUAAAUAUAAACAGAAA